CUACUGCAUAUAUCUGUGGUGGUGUACCUAUUUGGAUCUGUGGUGUUACAAAUUCUCACAGGCUGUCGAGUAAAUCCAAGUGCUUGUCGUGUAUGGUAUAGAUGCUGACUCUGUCUCAGAGCGAUUACACCGCCGACGUGGUUAUAUCUUGCGCCAGCGCACUAUUCCAUCUCACUAAUGGUGCUUUCACGGCGCUGCGUGCCUAUGCCAUCAGCAAUCACUCUGUGCUGGUUGCGUCUGCUGGAUUCUUACUCUCUUUGGUGCUUGUUACCGCCGAGAUACAUGAGAUCCCUACAAUAGUCGGAGCUACUGUCCCCGAUCCCAUUGGCUGCGUGCUCUCCUCGGACAGCACAAUCUGGAAACCAUUGCUUGUCGCCGGUCAAGCAUGUACUGUUGUCGCCGAAGCAUUGCUAGUGAUAGCGACUUGGCGUCAUAUAUACACGGCCAAAUCCGCCAACGAUGCACGCAUCGACACCCCAAUCACAUCUGUACUCCUCAGAGAUGGUACUCUCUACUUCAUCGCUAUUCUCGCUGCCCUGAUCCUCGAUACCACGUUGACCGUGAUUAUGGGAGUUGGUAUCAUACUCAUGCAUCUCUCCCGGUUCGCUGACACCGACGUUUCAGACUGAAGAUGGAUUCAUCUCGCCCAUUACCUACGUGUGCGUUGCUUGCCACACGACAUACGAUGAAGCCUGAUCACAGCUAAAUCCAACAGGCUCCAAGUCGUCUUACUCUCGCACUUCUACCU